AUGUCAGCCCUAUGGAACGGGGCACUCACCAUAUUGAACGGAGAUGAACGAGAGUGGAAACAAAUGGUCCCGAGGGACCUGGAUAACGAAGAAUAUUUUGGUCGUGAUCAUAUGAGGCAGUUGAUGAGCACACGAGUACAAUCCGGCGCCUUUGACUCAUUCCUUCGACAAAUACAACCAUUCCUCCUGGUUAUAACACACUCCUCUUUCCUCGACUGUCUCUCUGUCGACACCUUCGUCGGCGGGCUAUACAACUUCAUUGGGGGCACAAAUGGCACACGGGCAGUCCCUUUCUUCCAGCAUCUUUGUGAGAACUUGGUCCUCGCUCAUGUUGAGGAGACCUCUCUGACUGGACCUGCAACCAUCGAAACAACCUUGAUCGCGGCAUCGAUCACCCUCCGCGAACUUCUGAGAAGAGAGUCAAGGGCUAGAUUCAAUGAUGACCUCGAAGGUCUCAUCGGCUCCAUAGAGAAUGCGGUCCAUCUGAUCAAUGGAGACGGUCCAUCCCACAUGACAGCCCUGGUCACGAGCCAUAUUAGAGAAAUGCGUGCGAUGAUAGCUCGUGCGAGAGGCUUGUUGGCCCCGGAGCAAGAACCACAGGAAGCACAUGCCGGGAUCAUGGCUACGUCAAGAUAUCCUCGUGUCAUGGACAUGCCGCGAGACCGUCACGACAACGAUAAGGCAGAUAUCAUGAAAAUCAAGAUUUUUCCAACUCGUGAGGAAAUUGUGACUGACGAACCUGACUUCUUACCGUCGACCGACCGAGACGAACCUUCCUUUCUUGCUGAUGAAGGUGUGCGCCACAUUGACACACAUUUCCGCCUCCUUCGUUAUGACACGUUCGGUCAACUGAAGGACCUGCUCGGAGGUGUCGCGGAUGCGGUGAAGCAAAAUCCGAAUCUCCCAAAAGUCGACUUGGGUGAUUUCAGAGCCAACAAGUACGCCAACGCCUGUAUCAGCUACGUUGGUUUUGACAGUCGACAGGGUCUCAGUAUGAGCGUCACCUUCACGCAACCACUCAUAAUGUUUAAAAUGCCCGCCUCCGAGAAGAUCAAAUGGUGGAAGGAAUCCAGACGGCUCACUGAUGGGGUCCUCCUAUCAUUUAUUUCCUUUCAGGGUGGUGAGCUUCAUCCUCUAUUCUUCGUCGCGACUGAGACAAAGACAGAGACAAACAAAGACCGCCGCGAAAAGAACAGAGAUGAUCAAAUCACGAUCACUGCCAAGCUGGUAGAUCACGAUGUCGUGAACGUAGAGUCUGCUGUUCGACUCAGCUACGAAAAGGUCAAAGGGUUGCUGAUAGAAUACCCUGGGGUCUUGCCAGCCACAUUUGUAACAAUCCUCGAGAAUUUGCAAGACAUGCAACGACACAGCAGAUUGCCUUUCUGCCAAUGGAUCCUCCCCGGAAAAUUAAACGAUGCUGGUGGUGCUGCAGAAGUGCAUAUUCCACCGCCACUCUACUCUCGGGUCCCCGGAUUCCGUUUCUCGCUGGAAUCUUUGCUCAAGGAAGGCGAACCUCGUGACCCUGGCAUCUUUAUCGAUCCGUUUUCAUCAGCAAAUGAUGCCGACCUUCUCAGUGAGAUGGAACGUCGAAGGAAUCUGGAUCGAGGGCAGUGUCAAGCAUUGCUUCAGGCCCUGAUUCGAGUAUAUGUGCUCACCCAAGGGCCGCCCGGGACUGGCAAGUCUUUCCUAGGCAUUCAGCUCAUGAAAGUCCUGAUGCAUUGUAAAAAGACAACUGAGUUAGGACCCGUUCUCAGGACGACAAAUCGCAUCAAUGUUCUCCUUACUCGUGCUCAGCACGGCAUGUACCUCAUUGGUAAUGUGGAAACCUAUUCGAACAUACCAAUGUGGCAAAAGGUCAUAGAAAUGCUCCGGUCUUCUGACUCUCUCGGCGGCUCACUGGGACUUUGCUGCCCGAGGCAUCAAGAUACAGCCAUCCAAGUCUCGGAGCCCGACGACUUUCCAAGGCUCAGUCCUGAAGGAGGUCCAGAGUUGUCCGUCAACCAAGUCUUCUACUCUAUUCUCCCUUCAAAGCCAGAAUUUGAUCAAAUCUGUGCCGAGAAUCCGCUAAAAUUCGCCCCCGGCAUGCUCUCCGUCCUUGAGUCACCCUCACCGCCCCAGUUCGCCUUCUUCGAGUCUCCUCCUACGCUUGACUCGGAUGAAGAUCUCUGGGCUGUCUAUAUUGUCUUGCUCAUCUUGAGAGAUGGCACGAUCCAACAGAAACUUGUCUAUACUGGCUCUGGCACCGACUCAAUCGACGGUGCGGAUGCUAGGCUUGAGGUCUAUUCAACUAGAGACUCACCAAAGCUGCCAAGCCGUGUUAGAGCCGCCUUUGACAAAGGUGCCAGACUCCACCAUGUUGGUCUGCUCUGCUGGUCUCCAUUGCCACCAGUAUCGCUGGUGCCCCGUGCCCGAGCACGUUUUCUGGCCGUCGAGGCUCUUUUUACCACUAUCUUCUCCUCCAGUCAACAUACCACACCAUCUAACCAGAUCCGAAUGAUUAUCCUUCGACCUAACGCCCUAGAGAGAAGUGCUAUAUGGAGGGUGCCUUGGAGAGAGUGCCCUAGAGAGAAGUGCUACAUGGAGGGUGCCAGGGAGAGAGUGCCCUGGAGAGAGGUGCUAUAUGGAGGGUGCUCUGGAGAGAGUGCCCUGGAGAGAUGUGUAAUGGGUGAAUGGUUCCGCGACAAUGGGAAGCACGCGCUUUUCAAGCUGCCAUUCCUGAAUGCCGACAAGCUACACGUGGCGGUUGAGGAGAGUCUCAAGAUACUGGGAGAGGGAUGGUAUGAAAGUGUGUCAGCGGAAGAGCUCACUGCCAUUAAGCAGGCGACGUUAAGUGGACGGAGUGGCAUUGCGACUCAUUCUGGCCACUGGUAUAACUGUGUCAAUGGACAUCCGUUCGCGAUCGGAGAAUGUGGUAUGCCAAUGGAACAAGCUCGCUGUCCUGAAUGCGGAGCCCCUAUUGGAGGAUCACAUCAUCAAGCUGUUGAUGGUGUCACGCGCGCUGUAGACAUGGAGUCGUGA